CAGGUAAAAGAUUUACAUGACAAUUGCGUAAACUUUAAAUUAUCGAACUUUUGUCAAGUUUGUCUGUAGUCAAGUGUAUGUAAAUAACUAAUAACUUUUCAAAUUGUGUUUCUUUUUUUGUUUUUAAAAGAGAAAUAUCAAGAAAGUAAUAAGAAAAUUAGAAAUAGAAGUUGAAAGAGUAGUAGCAACCGAUUGAUUAGUCUUCUUGUCCUCAACGACGACUUCAAAACUGUUUCUCCUCCAACAUUCUCUUCCUUCUUUCAGAUAAAUAUUAAACAACAGAAGCAAAGAAACCAAUCUCCUACCUAAUGAGAUCCAAUAGACGUUGGGGAUUGAAUCUCCCAAUCAUCAUCUUCCUCACCUAUCUUCCUCUGAAACUCAAGUCCCAAGGUAUGUUUCUUUUGAUCCUCAUCUCUCUGUUUUUCUCUUGUGUUUCUUUGAAUCAUGACAAUUCCUUUUCUGAAGAGAUUGCAGAAGUCUUUGAUUCUUCUCAAGAUAAUUCAUUAAUCCAAUCCAGAGUUAAUGGGAACCGUCGCAUCCUGAUUGAUGCACCUUUUCCUGGCAAAGGCCCUGCCCUCGAUGCCUCCCCACCAUCCCCUGAAUCUGCAACCUUCAGAGAUCCCCUGCCGCCUCCACCACCACCAGAAGGCGACGAAACCCCUAGCCCUCCUCAAAGUGGUGUACCAGCACAAACACCAAAGACCACCCCACCUGCUAUUACUCCCCUGCCUGUGCCUUCGGCUCCAUCUCCGUCUCAGUCUCAGUCUCCUCCUCCAAGAACUAAAACGAAGUCUACCAAGGUUUUUAUGAUCGUCGGCAUAGUCGUUGGCGUAUUCACUCUCUCGGGUGCAUUAAUCAUCUUCUUUCUAAUCUUCAGUCGAAAGAUUCCAAUCAAGCCUUGGUCCAACAGUGGCCAGCUUCAAGAUGCUCUUCUCACAGGCAAACACACUCUUCAAUCUUCACUCUCUCUCUCUCUCUCUUUCUUCUCUCUUCAUAUUGAGUUCCUCUUAUUUUGUACUUUUUGUAUUGCAGCAGAUGUUCCGAGGCUGCAGCUAUCUGAGCUACAAGCAGCUUGCGAAGAUUUCAGUAACGUCAUUGGCUCUUUCUCAGAUGGUACCAUUUAUAAAGGAACUUUGUCCACUGGUGCGGAAAUCGCCGUUGUGUCUGCCGGGGCUGGUUCUCGUGCAGCCUGGUCCACCGCCAUGGAAACACAAUUGCUACAAAAGGUACCAGAACCUCGUUUGCAGCUUCGUUUUGAACAGGGGUUGACAUUGCCAUUGAAGAAUAAUUCCACUCUGUUUCUGCAGUUGCAUAAGUUAUCCAAAGUGGAUCACAAGAAUUUUCUGAAUGUGAUCGGUUAUUGCCACGAGGAAGAGCCCUUCAGCCGAAUGCUUGUUUUCGAAUACGCUCCCAAUGGAUGCCUCUCCGAGCAUCUGCACUCUCAACACGCGGAGCACUUGGACUGGCCUACCAGACUAAGAAUCCUCAUGGGAAUAGCUUACUGUCUAGAGCACAUGCACAAUCUCAACCCACCCAUCCUGCACACCAGUUUGGACUCCUCUUCUGUCUACUUAACUGAAGACAACGCUGCCAAAGUCUCCGACUUUUCUGUAAUCAAUUCCAUCUUUCCCUCUCAGGAGAGUUCCUCCAGCAAGAAUCUUCUAGAAUGCUCAUUACUUGAUCCCCAGACAGAUGUCUUUAAUUUUGGUGUUGUUUUGUUCGAAAUCAUCAGUGCGCAGUUACCAGACCCGGAUUCUUUGUUUUUCGAACCAAAACCUGCAAGAGAUAUUGUGGAUCCGACCCUGGAAACGUUUCAGGAGGAUACUGUUGAGAGACUGCUGGAGGUGGUUAGGCAGUGUAUGAAUCCAUACCCAGCUCAGCGACCAACAAUGAUAGAGGUUGUGGUGAAGUUGAGAGAGAUAACUGGAAUAGAAGCUGACGCAGCAAUGCCAAGGCUAUCUCCACGGUGGUGGACGGAGCUGGAGAUCAUAUCCACAGAAGGAAACUAAAGAGAAUGGAGCCGUCCUUUUAGGUGUCCCCCUGUAUAUAUACACAAAUGACACUUUGAAGUGAUGAUCAUCUUUAUCUUCAUCUGCAUUAAAAGACUAAAUACUGUAUAUAAUAAACAGUUGGCUUUGCAUAGAAAUCAUUGGUAAGAAUAAUAAUAAAUGACAGUUUCUUUA